CUUGAUGGGGUAAACGGGUUGAGGGCAGUUGAGCGCACUGCUCCCGCCGCGCGCCCAGCCUCUUACGUAAGUCAUCGAAGGACACGCCACCGUUUGCCUGUUUGUUUUCACACCGGGCGGCUGGAUUUACCAAGAUAAAAAUCAUCGGAUGGCGCCGCAGCAGCAGCAGGAGGUGGAGGUGGUGGUGCAGCAGCAGCAGCAACAGCAGCAGGGGGAGCGCGGGGCGGCGGCGGUGAGCCUGCGGGUGCUGCUGUUCGCGGGGGCCCGCGAGCUGGCGGGCACGGCCGAGGGGGUGCUAACGGGCGUGCCCGCGCGCACGGACGUCGACCACCUGCUGCGCCGCGUCACCGAGGCCUUCUCGCUGGGCGCCAUGUCCGGCGCCUUUAUCCUCGCCCUCAACCACGACUACGUCAUGCCGGGCGACCAGGUGCGGGUUCGUGACGGCGAUGAGCUGGCCGUCAUCCCCCCUCUGAGCGGCGGCUAGGCGCGAGGCGGACCGCCGCGGCGUGGUCGUGCGCGCUCGCGGUGAACGUUAGCGCAACGUCCAAUUAUUUGGCAGCUACUUCCCUUUCCUUUCAAAAAUACCAGUUAUUGUUGUAAUUUUUAGGAGAGUCGAUUUCGAUGUAAGAGUGUGAGGAGAUAGUCGUUAAGUUAUCAUGUUAUACUUAUAUAUAUGUAUUGUGCGAUACUGGAUCUGUUU